AUGGGCACCACAGAGAGAGGUCGAUACGGUCGCCUGAACGUGCUGCGCUGGCUUCUGUGGGAGGGGGAGCGGUGCGCGGACGAAAUGCCGGCACUGGACCAUCGGCCACCUCCAGACAGUGGAGGAGGUCACGGAGGGGCUGCUACCACUCUGGCGCUUCACUAUGCCGCUGCGAGAGGCUGUUUGGACUGCGUCAAGUUGCUGGUGGAUAGCACGCCCGAUUUGAGUGCUUUAUAUUGUUCGGUCUUGUUGUUCCUAAGAGGAGCAAACAUUGUCUGUCGAAACAUUAGAAAUGCUGUAAAUGUGCUUCGUGAUAAUUCUACAGUGAAAGGAAAUAUAUAG